CGUUUGCCCCUCGCUCUCCAACCAGUGCUUCUUUACCAGCCCCUCUCCGCAAAGACUUUCAGGAUGCUGCUGGGCACACUGACGUGCUGCUGGCUGCUGGCGCUAGCUGGCGCCGCGCCGCAGGAGCAGUACCUGCCGCCGCCGCCCGCCCUCGACGUGCCCCAGUGCGCCCCGGCCGAGCCCAGCAUCGUGGUCAUCACGUCCUACUCGACGCUGGCACAUGAGGUCACGAGCACUCAGGUGGUGCCCCAGCAGACGUACUAUACGGUGACGGAGACGGUGCCGGUGGUGUCGUUCCACUUCUCGACCCUCACGAAGACGGAGCAGAUUCCGACCACCCGGGUGCAGUACAUCACCAGCACGCGCGUGCAGAAUCAUCAGGUGACACAAACGGUGGCAGCGCCGGCCGAGACCGUCACCGAGCACGCAGUUAGCACGCAGCUGCAGGUCAGCACCGAGUACCGCACGGCAGUGGUGCACAGCACGCACGUGCAGCCCACCACCGUCGUGCGCACGGCCUACCAGACGCGGGUGCUGACGCGCACCGAGCUGCGCCCCCAGUUCAUCACCCAGACGAACACCGCCACGCAGACGGUGCCGGGUCAGGUGUACCAGCAGACCAAGUACACCACCCUCACGGCCACCGAGACGCAGCAGCUGCCGGCCGACACCCAGUACAUCACCCGCACCAGCACGCAGACGUCGUACGCCACUAAGGUCGUGCAGCUGCCGGCUCAGACGCUGCACAUUACACGCACGGAGCUGGUACCCAGCACCCAAGUGAUCGUCUCCACCCAGCUGGUGCCUCGCCUGGUGCGCAUCACCAACACGGCCACCAUUACCGAGACGCAGACAGCCACGCAGACACGGCAGCGGCUGCUGAUCAGCACGCGGCUGCAGCCCGUCACGCACACACAGUUCCAAACGCGUAUACUGACCGUGCAGCGGGACGUGCCGGUCACGCAGUACCAGCAGCGCACCGUGGUCAGCACGGUUCUGCUGUCGGCCAGCACCGAGUACCUGACGCGCAGCCAGACGCAGCACAGCACGCUCCAGCUGCCGGCCUCCACUCUCGUGCAGGUGGUGACGCGCACUCAGGUCUCCAACCGGCUGAUCACUUCCUACAUCACCCGCCCGCUGGUGCGCGAGAUCACCAUCACGUCCACCGUGAAGCAGGAGUGCGGCUACAACUACCCAGAGCCCGCGGACGCCCUCAACUUCUGAGUGGAGAGAUCCUGCUGACAGAGGAGCGGUCCUCCUGAUGGCGGAGCAGUUCUCUUGACGACCGAGCGGUCCCUCUGAGGGCGGAGCGGUCCCUCUGAGGGCGGAGUGGUCUUCCGCAGGACAGCGCUCGUCCUGACGGUAGAGCGCUCCUCCUGACGGAGGAACGGUCCCCCUGAGAGGGAGCGGUCCCCGUGAGGGCGAACCUGUCCUCCUGACGACGGAGCGGUCCUCUUGGCGGCGGAGCGCUCCUCCUGAUGGUGGAGCGGUUCUCCUGGCAGUAGAGCGGUCCCCCAGAGGACGGAGCUGUUCUGCUGACUACUGACGGCGAAGCAGCGUAUCUUUCAACAGUGAAGCCUCUCUUACUCAUCCCUCUCACGAUGAAGCAUUUUUCUUCGCGAUGCAGCACUCUUGGUCUUGAUGCCUUGGUGUCAGUUUCCAUGGAGCCUGUGCUAGAGUGCCCGAGCCCUUCGCCCGCACUGAAAAGCCUCCUAAGAAGAGCUACCGUCCUGGGGUCACACUUUCCAGGGAAGGAUUUCGACGGAACCGCUGUUGUAGCAGCCUCUCGCUGCUGUCGGGGAGGCCUGUGGAGAUCGCUUGCAGGUGCCUCGUCCAUGCUGGACGGAGGCAAACGGCGUCAGUGUUGCGCAGGACUGGACUUCAAAUAACGUUCAAUAAACCAUGACUAGCA